UAUAUUAUAAUUAGGAUCUGUGCAAUGAAUACAUUACAAUGAAGCAUUAGAGAUAACACCAAAGAAGUAAUAUAUUUUGUGCGUUACUUAUUUGGCCUAGCCCAUCGCUCCGUAAAUCAUAACAAGAACCCUGAUCGUUACAGUGAGGUUCUUACAUAUGUGAAUAAAUUAAAAUUGUUUUCAUAAGCAGCUCUAAGUCAUAUUUGUUUGAGCGCUCUAGUUCUGAAGAUUGUUUUGUUUGAAAACUUUAUUUAACGGCAGUUUAGGAGCACAAUUAAAUUGUUUCCAGGUGAGCAAUAACCAAAAAAAUGCAAAUCCAAUGUUCGCGAAUGCUAAGCGUUGUAAAGUCCUUGUUUACAGAUGGUCUUUUAAUAGUACUUCGGUGUAUACCGAUGCAUUAAUAAGGUUGCAAAAACAAAUUACCUUUAGCAAAUAUAAGCCUACUAAUUAAUGCAAGGUUCUUUUCUGUAAAACUGGUCCAAAAGUUGUUUGCCCAUCCUAAUUUCAGUUUGAAAGUCAAGGUUUUGUUGAAAAUAUAUUUUCUGUUGAUAGAGUUUUGAACCUUUAUAACAUAACAGAGCUUUGACGCCCCCGGCUUAGUCACAAUUGUGAUUACACUGCACAUUGCACAUUACGGUUUGCGCAUGUCAAUUUACCAGGCAACACAGUAAACAAUCAGGCCUUGGCAGGCGACCUUCUUGCCAAUAGAAUAGAGCCCAAUUCAUAAAUUUACCUGCUGUUGGAGAGCAUGUCUGACAUAGCUCUUAUCAGGUUCAAAGAAAAAUCCGAAAGUGGAGGUGAAGAAAUGCCAACGUUGGGAAUAAAUGUGGGACCUUCAGAAGUAGAAAAUGGCGGAUUCGAGGGCGAGGUUCCUAAGAUUCCCUUCAAAGAGAAAGACAAGAAAGAAAGUGUUUCCGGGCCUGGCGAUAAACCCUCAGUUGCGGGAUCUCAUAGCAUAGGUUCUGAACUUUCUUAUACUGAUUAUGGAUUGCAUCAAGCUGCAAGGGAAGGAGCAACAGACGCGCUUAAAAAGAAAAUAGAUGAAAUAGCAAGGGGUGGGCACGAUGUUAUGCGUGUAAUUGAAAUUGCUGACGCAGAAGGACUUGCACCUCUUCAUCAUGCAGCAAAAUGUAACAAGUCUGAUGCCAUUAGGAUACUGCUGGAUUAUGGAGCAUACAUUGAUCGGCAGGGCGAGGAUCAGAACACACCAUUACACCUUGCAGCAAAAUACAAUUCCUAUAAAGCUGCUGAACUCCUAAUUCAGAGAAAUGCUUCAGUGGAUCUACCAAACACCUAUGGUACCACACCAUUGCAUUUUGCGGCAAGAAGAGGCAACACUGCCAUCGCAAAUUUAUUAAUUAAUCAACCCGGGAUUGAUGUUAAUGCAAAAGACAAUGCUGGUGCUACUCCACUUCACCAGGCAGCAAUAAGUGGGGAUUCAGAAAUAACUCACAAGCUCCUCCAAAAAGGUGCAGAUCCAUUUAUAGCAGAUGUCGAAGAAGAAACUGCAUUGCAUUUUGCUGCUGAAGAGGGAAAUUAUGUUGUUGCUGACAUAAUUCUUAAGUCAUUUACUGGUCCAUCAGAUGAAGUAGAUAGCUCUGUUUUUACAAAAAGAAAGGAAGAGCUUAUCAAUAAAAAGUCAGGCCAGUUAGACACUGCUUUGCACUUAGCAUGUACUGCUGGACAUAAAGAGAUGGUAGAAACACUGAUUGAACAUGGAGCUAAUGUUAACUUGCAUGCUGAUGGGAAAGUUUCACCUCUUCAUUUGGCUGCAACAAGUGGAAAUAUUGACGUAGCAAAGAUCUUAUUACAUCAUCGAGCGAGGAUAAAUGCCAGAGAUGUUGAUCACUUGACGCCAUUACACAGAGCUUCGAUGUUUGGACAGACGGAUAUGAUAAGAUAUCUGCUUGAGAAAGGAGCGAAUAUAAAUGCAAAGGACGUCGAUGGGUAUACACCUUUACUAAGUGCCUCUUGGAAGGGACAGACGCAAGCUGUUUUGCUAUUGAUAGAAGAAGGAGCUAAGAUCCAGAUGACAGAGUCGUCACUGAAAACAUGUGUUCAUCUUGCUGUUGAAGACGAUCAUUGUGUGACUCUCAAAGCACUGCUUGAUAAUGGAGCUGCUGGGCUCGUAAACACGACGGACAAAGAUUACAAAACACCACUACAUUACGCUGCUCAGAUGGGAAAUUUUUUAGCACUUGAAAUGCUUCUGAAGCAUGAAGCAAGGGGUGAUAGUGGUGACAACUCUGAGAAAACUCCUCUUCAUUACGCGGCCGAGAAAGGGAAGCCACGUUGUGUUGAAGCUUUGUGUAAAUUCCAACCUGGCAUCAUCAAUACGACUGACGAUCACGGACGAAUGCCAUUGCAUUUGGCGGCAACAUAUGGAAAUAUUCGUGCUGUCAGAAUACUCGUUGAUAAGGGAGCCGAGAUUGAUGCCAGAGAUGACACCGCCUGGACUCCUUUGGACUAUGCUGCGAAAAAUGGAUUCUGGAAGUCAAUGAAGAUUCUUUUGGAAAACGAUGCUCCAGUAGAUGCAAGAGACAAGAACAACAACACUCCGCUGCACUGGUCCGCUGCAAACGGUCACGUGGAGUGUAUGGUUAUGUUGCUUGAUUAUGGUGCUGAUAUGUCAUUGAAAAAUUAUGAUGGAAAGAACUGCCUCGAUUUAGCUGUUGAUAAUUUUCAGCAAGAGAUUUGCAUGGGGUUAAUAAAACAUUCCAGAUGGAGGGAAGUUCUUGACAACAUUAAUAAAGAUGGGAGCACUCCAAUGCGCAAGCUCAUUGCUGUAGCCCCCAGCGUAGCUCAAAUUGUGCUAGACAAAUGCAUUAACGAAUCAAAGCAUACCCGAGGGCACAAAGAUUACAAUAUUACAUAUGAUUUUCGUUAUAUCGAUGGUGAUCCGGAUAAUCCUUUAACUGAUGACAAAUCUUUUGAGCCAGUAACAAUGGCUCAAUACAACAGAGAAAAGCUGAUGUCCCACCCCCUUACCAAGAAAUUGAUGGCCUACAAGUGGGCACAUCUUGGCAGAGGAGUGUAUUACACAACAUUGUCUCUAUAUCUACUGUUUGUAGCAUGUGUUACAUCAGUUGUCGUUGUUCAAAGAGAAGAGGAUCGAAACAAAAAGUUGACUUCAAUGAACCAAGCCAAGUAUAUCACAACAACCCAUGCGUCAUCUUCCAAAGUCUUUGCAACUGCAAUACCCGCAUUGACUGUUGCUAUAUGCUCCGUGAACAUAUUGAAAGAAAUCAUUCAAAUGAUUAUUCAAAAGCGGAGAUAUUUUACUUUGCUAAAUAAUUACCUCGAAUGGACACUGUAUAUCUCAACUUUGGUGUUUAUGUUGGAUUUCCUAAUUGCUGAAAACACGAUAACGUUCACGCAGAAAUGGAAUGCUGGCGCGAUAAGUGUGUUCCUGACUUGGAUCAAUUUGUUGCUGUUCCUAACCCGGUUUCCGUAUUUUGGUGUCUACGUAGAGAUGUUUGUAGAAGUCUUCGCUACUGUGAUCCGGGUCCUCUUGGUCUUUGGAAUUUUCAUUGUGGCCUUCUCGCUUUCGUUCUAUGCGUUGCUGAGAGAACUGCCAACAUUCAGUACUGUUGAACGAUCUCUCAUGAAGGUUGCAGUUAUGACCAUAGGUGAGCUCGAGUAUGACACUGUUCUAACAGACAACGUCAAAACUAAUGCAACAUCUGGACUUCCCAACAUACCAAUGGAGGGCGUGACGUACACUCUGUAUGCCAUCUUCUUACUUCUGAUGCCAAUUAUUCUCAUGAAUUUACUGGUCGGUUUGGCUGUUGGUGACAUCGAAGCAGUGCGAAAAACGGCCUACAUUCGCAUAUUGAAGCAGCAAGUGGAUAUUCUGCAUGACAUGCAUAGAAAUUAUCCUCGUCUUAUGUUGAGAUGGGCCUACACCAAGCAACUUGUAAUCUUCCCAAAUAGAGAAUCCAUUUUUGAAAGAAUUCGGCGUUACCUUGGUUAUGAUAACGACUAUGACUACUGGAAAGAAGAUCAAGCGGAGCAGCAAGGUAAGGAGGACGAUCUCAAUGAUAAACUCCAAGAAAGCAGAGCAGAUCUUCAGAAACAAAAGAGGCAUAUAAAGCAGCUGAAAAGCAUCGUUAAAGAUCAGAGUGCUUUGUUAAAGCGGAUUGCUGCGAAGCUCGAUGUUGAUGGCUCUGAUGACGAGGACGAAUAGGCUGUCAUAAUGAACAUGGAAGCAUUUUUAUUAAAACAUCACAAUGCAGUUAAGUGUACACAAAGCAACAAUUUUCAAAGACACAACAUGUUCUCUAAGGGCUACAUAUUUUGGCUUGCUACAAUUUUCAAGCGCGAAAAUUUGUAGGCUUUGGAAUUAAUAUUUCAAUAGUGCAUACUGCUAAAAGGUGGAGUGAUGGGGGCCCCACAUUAUUCCCUUUCUAGCACCUACAUUUCUACUACACAAACUGGGAAAAUUAUUUACCUGCCUAAAAAUUGAAUUUCUAACUACAUAAAUCAUUUAGCAUGACCUUAAAUGCCCUUUAAUAAUUGUAAGAAUAUCAUGUUCAUAUGCUAGUCAUGGUAUGCCACUAGAAGGCAGGCAAAAAACAUUUUUAGUUUGGCUGCCUCAUAAGAUUUUUUCUUUCAGGCUUUCAUUUUUCUAGUAUGGCUGUAUUGUUAUUUUGUGUUACUCACUAGCCUAACGGCAUUUUAUUCUAGAUAUUUGAGAAGCAUUUCGCAAGAAAAUGUACUGUACUUUUUUUUGAUGUGAAAGCUUCCAACAAAAUAAGCAAUAUCGUUUCAACGUGUUAAGUAUCAUAAUUGACUUGGUAAUAAUUUAUAAUCAGUGAGCCUUCAAUUUGAAAUAAUUCCUAAUAAUAUCGAUUUAUAAGUCCUAUUUAAUAAUAACCUACUUGAUUGAGUAGUUAAUAUCUUUCUGUAUUGUGAAUUUUAUGUAAGUUCUGGUGUGGACAUUAUAAUGUCGUUUUAUUGUGUAGCCGGCGCUUUUUCAACUGAAUUUUAUCCGCAUAUACAUUCUGUAAUUCCAGGGUAUAUAAUUUUUCGAGAUUCAUGUAAAUAUUUUUUAAAUUAUAUGCGACUGUGUGUAGGCUACUUGA